AUGGCAGAUGCUGACACCUCACAGGUUUGGCUAGACGUUUCCACGGUUGAGGAGAUCAUCGAAUACAUCAUCAGCGCUCGCCACCGUGGCAGCGAGUCGAUUCUUAGCUUCCAGUGGCAGGCAGACAGACUCGACCAUCUUUUUGAACAACUGGACACCCGACUGAUCGCACUUGACGAAAGAAAAAUCCGCCGAUUCGAGUACGACUACGAAUCUAGUACCGUACAUAUCGACAUCAUGGGCGAAUCCGAGUUCCAUUAUCAGGUUCAAGCUGGCCUUCGAGACUACAUCAAAAACCGUCUUGCAGAGCGUAUUGCCACCACGGAUGAUCCCACGAUUCGCCGCCUAAUGCAGUCUAUCGAAGAGAGGGGUACCUUUAACAUUCUAUACGAAAGGAAAAUCCAUAAACAAGCCGAUGUUUCGCUCGGCCAGGCGGGCGCCCUGCCAUCUUUGGUUUGCGAGGUCUCGUAGAGCGAGCCACGGAAACAUGUGGAAAGGAAGGCGCGCCAAUACAUCAACUGCUCAGACGGCAAGAUCCGAGUCGCUCUGAUCCUUGAUCUUCAAUAUCCCCAUAUGAAAAAGGCGUGGGUUAGUCUGCUGGUAGCGGGCAGUCCAAGCGACUGGGUACAGCAUUCUGAACUGUACCAUGAUGAUGAUCUUGUUCAACAACCUGUUGGACAGGUUGAUCUCUAUCUCUCUGACUUGGUCAGUUUGGCUGGUGUACCAACAGCGUUUUGUCGCCCCUCGACUGUUGAGUUGGCUGCUGGGGUCACAAGGAAUCCCACGAUCACCAUAACGUUCGAACGACUUCGGGCUAUCUUCCGCAAAGCUCGCCAUUUACACAACCCAACCAAAUUCACAACGGAGGCUACUGAUCAAGAGCAAAACCCGUAUGAGGAGGCCGAGAGGCGUGUGGCCGAGGCGCGUUCUGAAGCACGCAUCGAGAUGGAACGGCUUGUGGCUGAGGAGCGCAGCGAGGCCGAGAGGCGUGUGGCUGAGGAGCGCAGCGAGGCCGAGAGGCGUGUGGCUGAGGAGCGCAGCGAGGCCGAGAGGCGUGUGGCCGAGACGCGUUCUGUAGCACGCAUCGAGAUGGAGCGGCGUGUGGCCGAGGCGCGUUCUGAAGCACGCAUCGAGAUCGAGCGGCUCAUGGCCGAAGGCCGAUUGGGGGCUAAGUAG